CCCUUCAGGCAUUUAAGUUUAAUAAGUUUAAAGUUUAUGCUUUUAAUUUGGUAUACUUUCAGUUUCAUGCAGACUCUUAUUUUGACGUUUGUUUACUGAGCAAAACCGGAAGUAAAAAAAACCGCAUGAAAGAACGCAAUAGAAACGGUAGACUGGAUAAAAAAUGAAAACAGUCAUUUCUUCAGAGAAGAUUCAUCCUGCAUGUUGAUUCCCCAGCAGAAGCAUCGCUUUUUCACUCUCUCGUUUUUCAUCAGUCAUCUCAUAUGUAUGGAUUCAGUUCAAUGUGAAGAAAAUAAAUCUACAUAAAAAGAACUCCGGAUUUCUUCAUGUUCAUGAAUAGAGAGAGUUUAUCUCACUGUUUAGUUGGAGUUGUUACACCUCAGCGAGAACAGUACAGUGAAAAAGCGUAAUCCAGCUGAAGUUUCAACGUCUUGAGAAGCAAGAAAGAGUAAAAUGGAAUCAGAAACGACUGACAAUGCAUCUGCGCGCACAAGAAGAACAAAGAGCUCUCACUCGUCAGCGUCGAGUGCAGCAGUAAGGGCGCGCGCUAAAGCAGAGGCGGCAAAAGCACGAGCAGCAUUUGCAGAGAAAGAAGCAGAGCUAAAGGUACAAAGGGCAGAGAAGGAAGCAGAGCUACAAUUAGGAAAAGCAAAGCUGGAAGCCGAACUAGGCGCACUUGAACUUCAAAGAGAAGCAGCGGCGGCUAUUGCCCAAGCUGAGGCAUUAGAAGCAGCCGAGCUAGAUAUAGAGGAUUCAAGUAAGACCGAUGUAUCUUCUCAAGCAAAUUUACAAAAUGAAAUUGUAACACGCACUAAUGAAUAUGUUGAAGCACAAGCUGAACAUAACGUUCCACAAACUCAACCAUCUGCACAUGCAACAUUACACGAGGCAACAUUGUCAGAAGAGAGCUAUGUCACAUGGAAUCCUCCAGUACAAGGCAAAUUACAGUUAGUGGAUGGGCAAGAAGAGGUAGAAACCCUUAACAGACCAUCUGAGUAUAACACAGUGCCGACAAAGCCAUUCUUCAGCAACCAUGCUAAAUUCAGGGAUGAAACCCAAAUCAGCACACCACUUAAUGGAGGUCAUACAGGUUUGGUAAGAUAUGAUGGACAUCAUACAACACCCAUUGGAGGCGGUGGACUUCACACAACACCUGCUAGAGACAAUGGAGACCCAACAAAACCCAAGACAACAAAACAUCCUCACAAAUCACCACUUAAAGUAACAGCGCCAUCAUACGUGCCUGUGUAUGCACCACCCAUCUCAAGUGUAAUACCUGAAACGGAACACCUGGCACGAUACCUGGCUCGUCGUGAUUUAGUGAGUACAAGUCUCUACCGAUUCGAUGAUAAACCUGAAAAUUAUUUAGCAUGGCAGUCAUCAUUUAACAAUGCUACUACAGGCUUAGGACUCACCUCCCCCGAAAUGUUAGAUUUGCUGAUUAAAUGGCUCGGACCAGAGUCUGUGAAACACAUCAAAAGGAUUCGCUCUGUGCAUAUCGGGAACCCAGAUGCAGCACUUAAAAAGGCCUGGAGUCGCCUCCAAGAAUGCUACGCUGCGCCUGAAGUAAUGGAGAAGUCUCUUUUUAAGAGAUUGGAUGAAUUCCCAAGAAUAUCAACUAAAGAUUAUGGGAAGCUGAGAGACUUAGGCGAUCUUCUUAUGGAAAUCCAGGGUGCCAGAGAAGAAGGUUACCUCACAGGAUUGGCCUACCUGGAUACUGCCAGAGGCAUUGGGCCCAUCGUGGAGAAACUUCCUCACGGACUACAGGAGAAAUGGCUCUCAGUUGGCUCAAAAUUUAAGGAAGAUAAUAACGGCUACUUCCCUCCAUUCGAUUACUUUGCCGAUUUCAUCUGCGACGAAGCACGGCGGAGGAAUGAUCCAAGUUUCAUCCUUUUAUAUGCCAGCAAUAACGGACUGAAGUCAGACAGGGUAGUUUCAAAUAAUUAUGGAAGAAAUAUAUCAGUUCACAAGACGGACAUCUCUUCGGGUAAAGAUCCACCUGCGAACUCACCUGAGAGAAGGCUCGGUGGGCCAGAGAAAAACUGUCCCAUUCACAACAAACCACAUUCGCUAAGGAAAUGCAGAGUAUUUAGAGGUAAGCCUCUUGAAGAAAGAAAGAGCAUUCUCAAGGAGAAUGGAAUUUGUUUCAAGUGCUGCAUAUCAGCUAGUCAUCUUGCAAGAGACUGUAAAGCAGCAGUAAAGUGCCUGGAGUGCAACAGCGAACGACAUCAUACUGCUAUGCAUCCAGGUCCACCACCUCAAGUCUACAGAAGGCCUACACCCCCACCAGACAACGGCGGGGAGGUAGAGGAACAUGCUAGCGACAGCAAAGCCAUCUCCUCACACUGCACCCAAGUAUGUGGUCCAGAUCAUACCGCAAGAUCCUGCUCGAAGAUCUGUCUGGUACGAAUAUACCCUCAAGGUCAACGUGAAAAGGCAACCAACAUGUACGUUAUUUUGGAUGAUCAAAGUAACCGUUCACUGGUGCGUUCAGAGUUUUUCGAGCUUUUCAACAUCAAGGGCCAAUCAUUUCCCUAUGCACUGAAGACCUGUGCCGGAUUGGUUCAGACAUCCGGCAGAAAGGCAGAGGGUUUCCAGGUCGAAUCGCUCGAUGGGCAGACUAGCUUAUUGCUACCGCCGCUAAUUGAGUGUAAUGACAUUCUCAUUGAUCGCUCUGAAAUACCAACACCCGAUGCAGCCCGUCAUCAUCCACACCUACGAAGUGUAGCAGCACACAUUCCAGAACUCGACCCCAAAGCGGAAAUCCUCCUCUUGCUAGGCAGAGACAUUGUGAGAGUCCAUAAAGUCCGACAGCAAGUGAGCGGACCUCACAACGCCCCCUUUGCACAAAAACUGGAUUUGGGAUGGGUCUUGAUAGGAGACGUGUGCCUAGGAAAUGCACACAAACCAGAUGUGAGAGCAUUCAAGACAAGUGUGCUAGAGAAUGGCCGACCCUCCAUUCUCAGACCAUGUAAAGGCUUCAUGAAGCUGACCGAAGAUGUGUCCAAUGGCAAGGAGCAGAAGAACAAACCAAACAAGGCAUCGUUGGAAGCCCUUGGACUGCAUGUCUUCAGGGAAACUGAGUCUGACAACAAACCCGCCCAGUCCAUGGAGGAUACAAUCUUUUUGAAAAUCAUGGACCAAGAAAUGCAUAGAGAUGAGUCAAACAACUGGGUCGCUCCUCUCCCCUUUAGAGUUCCCCGUCAAUGCUUGUCCAACAACCGCGAACAGGUGUUUACUCGCUUCGCCUCCUUGGAGAAAACGUUGCGAAGAAAAACUGAGAUGAGAGACCAGUUUCAAGAAUUCAUGAAGAAAAUAAUUGACAACAGACAUGCAGAAGUGGCUCCUCCACUGGAGAAGAAUGAUGAGUGUUGGUAUCUGCCUACUUUCGGAGUCUACCACCCUCAAAAGCCUGGAAACAUCCGCGUGGUGUUUGACUCCAGCGCAAAGUAUUUUGGCACAUCUCUAAAUGAUGUUCUUCUGUCAGGCCCAGACCUCAAUAACUCACUCAUUGGGGUGCUGAUCCGCUUCCGCAAGGAACAGGUUGCAGUGAUUGCUGACAUACAGCAGAUGUUCCACUGUUUUCUUGUCCGCAGAGACCACAGGGACUACCUGAGGUUUUUGUGGUACAGAGACAAUGAUAUGUCUAAGGACAUUAUCGAUUACAGGAUGAGGGUUCAUGUUUUCGGUAACAGUCCGUCACCAUCUGUAGCCAUCUACGGACUAAGGAGAGCCAUCCAUGAAGGUGCACAGAAGUAUGGAGAAGACACGGUCCAGUUUGUUGAACAUCAUUUUUACGUAGAUGAUGGUCUCAUCAGUGUGCCUACUGAAGCUGAAGCCAUCAGUCUGCUACAGAGAACGCAGCACUCUCUCAGUGAAUCGAACCUUAGGCUUCACAAGUUUGCCUCAAACAGAGAAGCUGUGCUUCAGGCCUUUGCACCAGAGGACAGGGCUGUUCUGAAAGACCUUGACCUAAGCGGUGAAGUAACACCAGCCCAACGCAGUUUGGGACUGUUGUGGGAGACAACGACAGACACCUUCACAUUCAAAGUCUCAAAAAACAAGAAACCCUUUACUCGCAGGGGAGUUCUGUCAACAGUGAAUAGUGUCUUCGAUCCGUUAGGCAUGGUCGCACCGGUGACUAUUGAGGGCAAAAGUCUUUUGAGGGAAUUCAGUGUCAACACAAGUGAUUGGGAUGCUCCUCUUCCAGAACAAAAGCUGAAGCAAUGGGAGGCAUGGUGUGAGUCCCUCCAUGACUUAAGUAAGCUGCAUAUCCCACGUUCAUACACCGCAACGUCACUUUCCAAUGCUGUACACACAGAGCUAUGUGUGUUUUCUGACGCGUCCACAAAAGCCAUUGGAGUUGUGGCAUAUCUCAGGACCAUUCAAGCUGAGGGACAAGUCGAAGUAGGAUUCAUUCUAGGGAAGGCUAAGCUGGCACCACAGUCUGAACCUACCAUUCCUCGGUUAGAAUUGUGCGCCGCAGUAUUAGCCGUAGAAGUUGCCGAACUCAUCCAAGUUGAACUGGGCCUGAAGCUGGAUGAAAUCAAGUUCUAUUGUGACAGCAAGGUCGUGCUUGGAUACAUUUGCAAUCAAACAAAACGCUUCUACGUCUACGUUCACAAUCGAGUCAGACGUAUUCGUCAAUCAACAAGACCUAACCAAUGGUUCUACGUCAACACAGAGGACAACCCGGCUGACCACGCAUCCAGGUCAGUUCCUGCGUCCCAACUGACAAAGACUAUGUGGUUCACUGGACCAGCCUUUUUACACAAGCCAAAUCCAUCUGACACACAUGCAAUCAGGAUGUUUGAACUUGUUAACCCAGAAUCAGACAUGGAAAUACGACCUGAAGUGAGUAGUUUUCUUACUCAGACUCAAAACCGAGGCCUUACCGCUGCACGGUUUCAGUGCUUUUCUUGUAUGCGGUCCCUCAUCAGGGCUAUUGCCCUACUCAUCCACAUAGCCAGCGCUUACAGACACAACAAGUCCAGUAAAUGUAAAGGGUGGCAUCACUGCAACUUCCCACGUACUCCGGAUGAGUUGUCUCAGGCGAGACACAUUAUCAUCAGGGCAGCACAGGAAGAUGUUUAUGCAAAAGAACUCGCAGUUCUUGAGCAUGGACAAGCUGUAACCAAGGACAGUUCUCUUCACAAGCUCAGACCUGUUCUUGAAGGUAAUCUGAUUUGUGUUGGUGGCAGAUUAAAGCACGCUGACUUGAGCACUCAGGAAAAAAACCCCAUCAUCUUGCCCAAGACCAGCCACAUUUCUCUGCUGUUGGUGCGACAGUAUCAUGAAGAGGUAAAGCAUCAAGGCCGCCACUUCACAGAAGGGGCCCUGAGAGCAGCGGGCUUCUGGAUCAUAGGUGGAAAACGACUUAUUGCCUCUGUCUUGCACAAAUGUGUAGUGUGUCGAAAGUUACGUCGAAGAACAGAGGAACAACUUAUGGCAGACUUGCCUCCAGAACGCUUGCACACAUGUCCACCCUUCACCUAUGUAGGAGUGGAUGUGUUCGGACCAUGGCAAAUCGUCUCCAGGCGAACAAGAGGUGGACAGGCCCAAAGCAAAAGAUGGGCGAUGCUCUUCUGCUGUAUGAGCUCCCGAGCCGUGCACAUCGAGAUCAUCGACUCCCUAGACACGUCAAGUUGCAUCAAUGCAUUGAGACGGUUCUUUGCCAUACGGGGACCUGCAAAGCAGAUUAGAUCGGACUGCGGAACAAACUUUGUGGCCGCUGCAAAGGAACUGGGAUUAAGCCAACAACAACCUGACUUCAAAGUGCAGAACUUCUUGAGUCAACAAGGGUGCUCAUGGAUAUUUAAUCCUCCUCAUGCGUCCCAUAUGGGUGGAUCAUGGGAACGUAUGAUAGGCCUAUCAAGAAGGAUCCUGGAUGCAAUCCUGAUUCAAGAGAACAUUCAACUUACCCACGAUGUCCUGUGCACACUCAUGAUGGAAGUAACUGCGAUAAUCAAUGGCAGGCCUCUUGUUCCAGUCUCCACCGACCCAGAGUCACCGUUCAUAUUGUCUCCUUCAAUGAUACUUACCCAGAAGGUUGGGGUUGCCCCACCGCACAGAGAUUUCACAGACAAGGAUCUUCUCAGCAGACAAUGGAAACAAGUCCAAGCUCUCGCUGACAGAUUCUGGCGUCGCUGGCGUCAGGAGUUCCUCCCCACCCUGCAAGUCCGCCAGAAAUGGAGAGAUUCUCAACGGGACCUAAAAGAAGGGGACAUUGUGCUCCUGAAGGACAGUCAAGCUGCACGUAACACAUGGCCUAUGGCAAGGAUCACAGCUGUCUUCCCUGGGAGAGACAGUAAAAUAAGGAAGGUGGAGCUCAGGACAUCAAAUCAAGGUUCUGAGAGAGUGUUCUUGAGACCAGUGUCAGAAGUAGUUCUUCUUCUGCCCAAUGACUGAAUGUUCAUUUGGUAAUUAAUAGUGACCUUUUAGGUCAGACGGGGAGUGUUCUGCCCUUCAGGCAUUUAAGUUUAAUAAGUUUAAAGUUUAUGCUUUUAAUUUGGUAUACUUUCAGUUUCAUGCAGACUCUUAUUUUGACGUUUGUUUACUGAGCAAAACCGGAAGUAAAAAAAACCGCAUGAAAGAACGCAAUAGAAACGGUAGACUGGAUAAAAAAUGAAAACAGUCAUUUCUUCAGAAAAGAUUCAUCCUGCAUGUUGAUUCCCCAGCAGAAGCAUCGCUUGUAUGUAUAUAAUCUUUGUUCUGACUAAGUUAACUUAUAAGCAUUUGAUUUUGUGCUGUAGAAGUAAUGUUCAUGAAAGCUAAAUGGCUUAGCUAAUUACAGUAUUUUGCUGUUUGUUUUCUAGUUUCACUCUCUCGUUUUUUCAUCAGUCAUCUCAUAUGUAUGGAUUCAGUUCAAUGUGAAGAAAAUAAAUCUACAUAAAAAGAACUCCGGAUUUCUUCAUGUUCAUGAAUAGAGAGAGUUUAUCUCACUGUUUAGUUGGAGUUGUUACACCUCAGCGAGAACAGUACAAGCGUAAA